AUGCGAUAUUAUCAUUGUAUCGCACAAUAUAUAGUCAUAUUCUAUCGGUGUAUGAAUAUGGCUGGUUGGUUUUCGCUUGAUCCGAAUAAGCUCAAACAGAUUGCAGCAAGCACCUUGAUUAAUGCACAAAAACAAAUCGAUAAAGUCCUCGAUAUCAAGGAUGGCGCUCCUGAUCCAGAAUCUCAACCAAUUGCACAUGAUACCGCGACAAGUAGUAUACAAUCAACACCGUCCGAUGAUUUCUUUUCGGCAUUCCUUGGUAACCAGAAAUCAACAAACACAGAGGCAAAUGAAGUACCAACAAAACCUAUGGAAAACAAUGCUUCGCUUCGCACUUGGAAUACAUACAGUGAUAGCAAUAAUGCUUCAUCAUUGAUCUCUUCUCAAUCACAAUCGAAUAUUGUUGAAACUGAUGCAAACAUUACUGAAGAAAAUAAAACAACACCUGAUGAAUCUAUUGAGACCCAAACAACAUCUUCCACGCUAUCAGAAUUAAUUGAUACACAACAACAAACACAAUCAUCUGCGUCAUUAGCUGAAUCUUCGACCAUUACAGAAAGUUCCAGUAGUGAAAGUACAAAUUCAUUACAUCCAACUUUAAGUAUUCCAUCAUCUGAAUCAACUGUGAUUGGUCCGAUUGUAGAAAUAAGAACUGAUGAGCAACAUAUGUUCACUCAAACACAAUAUGACAGUUCAGAGCCGGAUGCUGAUCAUGGAUCACAAAUCAUUCCUUCUAUAUCAUCAGAUAAACGUGAUGUCAUCGAUUCUUGGAUGAAUAAUAGACAAAAUGUCAACUCCGACAAAAGUGAACAAUCUCUACGUGAUACCCAUGACAAUGACUCAUCUUCAUUAUUGUUUACAUCAGCUUAUCCACCAAAUGAAUUUUCGACGUCAUCCAUAAUCGAUGACGAGAUCACUCCAACAGCAACCAGUAAUUACAACAAAGAACAACAACAACAAGCAACAGUUUCCACCGAUGAAGACGAUGACAAUCCACUUCUUGAACAAUCGAAUUCUCCAACCCAUACGAUAUCGUCCAAUGGACAUGAUACUCAUAGUAAAGAUUCAUCAGAUGAUGGCAAACACACAUCAUGUGCAUCAUCGGACAUCGAAGUGAUCUCAUCUCCAAGUGUAGCCAGUGGUCUAGCUCUCAGUACCACGGAAACAUUUGAUAAGUGUCGAGAGUUACGCGAUGCUCGACGACCAGUUGUGCGCGAAGUUGUCGGUCGUUUUCCCGCCCAUUCGACCAAUAUGAAAUAUCACCAUCAUCCAAUAUCCAUUGAUCAUAUUGACAAAAAUAGUACUUCGAAUUUCGAUGCAUCAUCUUGGUCAACUCUAAUUGAUGAAGCAGCUACUGAGCAUAUGCAUUAUCACCAUACCAAUGAAGGAGGCGAUGAUGACGAUCGACAAAAAUAUCAUCAAUCAGAAACCUCGAAAGAAUUGGGUGAACUGAAAGAACGUUUAGAAUUACGUGAGCAAGCAUUCCUAAAGUUAACAACUGAAUCUAAUGAACUACAUCAGACGAAUCAAACAUUAAAAAAAUCGUUGAAUGAACUUGAACAACGAACAGUCCGUUUAACUAAUGAAUUUCAGCAAACAAUCGAGAAUCUUUCGUUGAAAAUCGAGGAACAAAAGCAUGUUUCACAAGAACGUGAUCAAUUACGCAAACAACUUGAUACUCUACAAAGACAAUUAUUAGAAAAUUCAACAUCAACUGGUAAUGCGAUGGCUGUUUUGAGAGAAAAAGAAGAACAAAUUCAACAGUUACUCGAAGAAGGUGAAAAACUUUCAAAGAAUCAAUUGAAAGAUUCGAACAUAAUCAAAAAAUUACGGGCAAAAGAGAAAGAGAGCGAUUCACACAUCACAUCGCUGACGACGCAAAUUAAUAAAUUAACGAGUGAUUUAGAAGAAGCGAAGAAGAAUUUGCAAGAAAAAGAAGAAAAUGAGAAACAACUUAAAGAAACGGUGAAAAAAUUUGAGAAAUCCGCCGUUCAUUAUGAAAAAGAGUGUAUAUCAAUCAAAUCAUUGUACGAAGAUGCUGAAGAACAAAUCCGUAGUACAAAAGUGGCCUUAGAAAAUUCCUACAAAGAAAUUGCUGAAUUAAACAAAACCAAAGCCGCUACGGAAAGCAAAGUCGUCGAAGCCACUUUGUCAGCUGAGAUUCUACUUCGUGAAGAAAUUCGAAUGGCUGUGGACAAAGAACGAGUGAUAUCAAGACAAGAACAAGAAAAACUACAGAUGACCAUUGAUGAAUUACGACAUUCAAUUCAGCGUAGCGAAGUUCAAUUAAACCGAAGAGAACAAUUGCUACGACAAGAAGUUAACGAUCUUCGACAAAGACUUCAAGAAGCUGAAUCACGAAAUGAAGAGUUAACGCAAAGCAUUUCUAAUGCUACGCGUCCAUUACUUCGUCAAAUCGAAAAUCUUCAAACUUCCUACGUAUCACAAAUCAAUUCUCUCGAAAAAACCGAACGUCAGUUGACCGAUCGGCUAGCUGAAAUGCAAGUACAAUAUGCAACAAGUGUUGAACACGAACGUGUAGCUAAUGAAACCUUACUGGAAAUGAGUGCUAAAUGGAAGUUAGCGGAAGCUCAGUUAACAACAUUCAAACAGGAUAAAACGCGUUUGACUUCUGAACUUGAAGUUUUGAAAAUGAAACUGACACAUUUUGAAGAUACGAAGCUCAGAGAAAGAACUCAAAUUGAAUCAAUGCAAGAAGCAUUCACUCAACAAAUCAACAGUCUUAUUCAAGAGAAGCGGCAACUUGAAAUGGAUACUGAAGUUGACAAAUCGAAGUAUGAAAGUGAUUUGAAGAGAUUACAAAUUGCCAACGAAGCGUUGAAAGAACAAGUCAACUUAUAUGAUUCGAAUUCUAUACAUCGAACGAACUCAAAUCUUGAAACAACACUUGCCCAACAAUACAGUCGGCGAUCAUCUGGUGGACGCGAUACUCCAACCGUGUUCACGUUCGAACGUUCUGCUUUUGUUCCAACUCCGAAACCAAGUGUAUACGAAUCUUUGCGAAACACAGGUGCAAUAGCAGUAUUGGAAAGUUUAGAAGCACAAUUGAAAGAAAAGGAAGGAGAAAUUACAUUAUUACAAAGCGAAAUCGCUGACUUGGAACGAACGCGCGAGACUAUGGCAAGAGAAUUAGUUAAUCUAUCAACCGAAAAUGAAAAACUAAAACAACAAACUCAAAAUUACCCUGUAUUAAACGAACAAUACAAAGAACUGGAAAAACGCUAUGAUGCACUUUUAACAAUGUAUGGCGAAAAGCAAGAAGAAGCGGAUGAACUUCGACUUGAUUUAGCAGACGUGAAAACACUCUAUCGAGCCCAAAUCGAUGAUUUGAUGAAACAAAAUGUUUCGCAAAUGUCUUUACCCUCUAGUUAUUCGUGUCGUUCAGCAAUUCUUUCAUCGAUAGAGAAACUUUUUUCUCCCAAUCCACACUUGCCCUAUCCAUCACAUGUUUAUAUUCAUGGAAAUCAUAAUACAGGUAAAUCAACGUUGGUGAAACAUGCACUUCAUCUUCACAAUCAUGCGGCUUUAUGGUUCGAUUGUCGAGAAAUUUACUCGUUGAAUAUGUUCUAUCAAACAUUUAUUUCAUCAUUGACCAACACUUCACCACCAUCAAUGAAAAGCUUCCAUGAUUUCAUUCGCGUAUUACGUGACUGUUCGAUUCGAGAACAGAAUAAUAAAAAAAAGAAAACCAAAUCACAUUAUUUCAUCGUCCUUCAUCAUAUUGAACUGUUGUUAAACUACGACACAAACGGACAUUUACUCUAUUUGUUAUUCAAAUUAAAUGAAUUGACAUUGGGUUAUUUCCAUCAUUCCCUUAUCUUGAUUGGACAUCAACCAUUCUAUCAAUUGCCACAUAUGAAUAAAAUCGAAGCAGAAUUGGGUGUGUUAACACCCAUAGCAAUUUUCGUACCAGCUUAUACUCGUGCAGAAAUCGUUACAAUCUUGCAAAAUAUGUUUGCUCAACAACAAGAUCUUCUUCCAACUUCAGUUAGUCAAAUACAAAUCAUUAUUGAACUAGCACUUCAGAUUUUCUAUGCAGUCACAAACGAUCUGAUAGAAUUGAAAGACAUGUCGACGAUGUGCAUCAAAGAUUUCUUACGUAACAGUGUGAAGAAGCAAACAAGUGAUGAUGGAAGCAACAACGACUAUCGCAUACUUUAUCAAAAGGAGUUCUUCACACAAGUUCUCAACUCUGUCUAUACUCGUUCAAUGAGUAUUCCAAAAUUUCUUGAUACGCAUACGGCUGACGAAGAAACGAACGAGAAUUCCUCUCAUUUGACAUCAAUAGACAGCAAAAGCAAUGCUCGCGAUCUUCCAACCUCAGCUAAAUAUUUGCUGAUUGCGAUCUACUUAGCGACACAGAAUCCGGUGAAAUACGAUCGAAUGCUUUAUGAUAAACAAGGCCAGGGCAAAAAGAGCCGGCGAGGAAAGAUCAUGCAUAAACGAGCACAACUCGAUACAGCAAAAAUCGAAUAUUUACCACUGUCAUCGAAUAAGCCCAUCGGAUUGAAUCGUCUCUUGGCUAUUUACUGUUCUUUACAAGGCGAUACAGUUCCUUUAACGAAUCAAAUUUAUAUACAAUUAGCUUUAUUAACUUCCAUGCGUUUGAUUGAACUUGUCGGAGGAUCGAAUGAAAGCGGAAUUAUAAAUUUAAAUGAACCAAAAUAUCGUUGUACAAGCUCAAGUGAUUGCAUUCGACGUCUCGCGGCAUCAAUCGACUUCAAAAUCGAUGAUCUUCUUCUUGUCUGA